CGGGCUUCAGUGUGUCGCGAGCCGUCGCGGUGUGCGCACGUAUGUUGGUGGAGCUCGUUCCGCUGGCAAAAAGUUCGAAAACUUUUUCACGACGUCAUCGGGUGUGUUUUUGUUGACUGUGCUCCGUUAAUGAGAAAAGUUGAUGGAUUUUAAACAUUGUGUUUUGGGAUGAAACUACAGUUUAAGUUAACGGCAUGAGUUGGAGACAACCUUGAGUGAUGCAUCAUGAGCGGAAGACGCGGGCCCUAUCGGAGUGUCGCCAUCGGGCUUAUCCAGAUAAUUACUAUUAUAUGUCAAGUGUUGACAGAGGAGCCGCGGUUUGCUGAGCCUAUCCCGAACGUGACAGUGGCGCUCGGCCGAGACGCCAGCCUACCGUGUGUGGUUGAACAUUUAGGAAAUUAUAAGGUAGCAUGGAUCCACAUAGACCGUCAGAUGAUUCUCACGAUCCACCGCCACGUGAUAACGCGUCUGGCUCGCUUCAGCGUGUCCCAUGACAACGCAAUGACCUGGCUCCUGCACGUCAGCCAGGUGCAGCAGGAGGACCGAGGGUAUUACAUGUGCCAGGUCAACACCAACCCGAUGAUUAGCCAAGUGGGAUACCUGCAAGUUGUUGUGCCACCGAACAUACUGGACGAAGAGAGCACGCAAUCCGCAGUGGCGGUGCGAGAGAACCAAAACAUCAGUUUGGUGUGUAAAGCCGAUGGGUUCCCGACUCCGAAGAUCAUGUGGCGAAGGGAAGACGGCCAGCCGAUAUCUGUUGAUAGGAGAAAGAAAGUCACGGUAUACGAGGGCGACACGCUGUCACUCCAGAGGAUCAGUCGCACCGAGAUGGGAGCUUACCUCUGCAUCGCUACGAACGCCGUGCCCCCGUCUGUCUCUAAGAGAAUCAUCGUUGACGUUGAAUUUUCCCCAAUGAUCUGGGUGCCGAACCAGCUGGUUGGUGCUCCAGCGGGCACCGAUGUGACGGUGGACUGUCACACGGAGGCGCAUCCCAGAGCCAUCUCUUACUGGGUGUACGAUAAUGUCAUGGUGCUGCCAACGAAGAAGUAUGCUAUCAACACUGAAGAGAAUUCUUAUAGGGCUCAUAUGAAGUUAACAGUGCGCAACCUCCAGGGCGGUGAUUUCGGAAACUAUCGUUGCAUCUCUAAAAACUCCCUCGGGGAGACCGAGGGCUCCAUCAGGCUAUACGAGAUCCCAAUGCCCUCGACGUCUCCAAAGGCAACAGAAAUGAAGAGCACAGCCCACAAAGAAACGGUUACAGGCGUCCGCCGCGCGAACGUAACUCGGGCGGUGCAGCGCGAAGUGGCGACGGAACGGCCGAGCGUGGUGCGCGCGCAGCUGGACCGCGCCCCGGACAGGGCGCAGGUGUACCGCCACCCGCACCACGACUCAGGCACAAGCAAUCUCCAAUGCUGGCGGCAAUCGUUCUUAGCUUUCAUUGUCCUGGUCCAAAUAGAUUUCCUAUCAGACUUUUUCAUUUGUUAUUGAAUAUUAUAGAUGUUUUAUUAGUUACGAAUUCAUCUGUUAUCUGUGGUUAUACCAAAGGGAAAUAAGUAUUUAGUUUUAAAUUUACAUUAACAUUGAAUAACGUAUCUCCUCUAGAUAAAAGUAACAUAUCAUAAUGAAUAGCAGACCCAUAUCUCUUGUGAAUAUAGCGAGUGAGAAAUUAUAUUUAUAUUUUCGAGAAUAAUUAUCAUUCAAUAUGUAGUUAAUAAGUGAUAUUAUAUGAACUAUUCCUUCAUAUAUCUUCCCCUUUACUUUAUUCUAAGUACGUUUUGGUCAGAGCUUUAGUAUUUCCUGUACUAUGUGUGCUAUACAAUGUUAGUUAUAUAUUUAGCCGACAAUUUUAAAUAUAAGCAGUAAUUUUGUUGUCAUUAAUUAAACAAUACUUGGCCUUUGUACCUCUUUAAGUGUCUCUAAUGAAGGACAAAUAAGGUGGUUAGCUGAAUUAAGCGCUGCCCAAAUGGUCUACCUAAAUAAACGUCUCGUUUACAAAGUGAGAUAAUUAUUUAUUUAUUUCGUUGUGACGCCGUACUGUAAAAAUUAGAAUAACAUUGCAAAUCUAUGAAAACAUGUUUAAAACUCGAAAAUGUGUCUAAAACGUUAAUAUAGAUCAGACAAUUAUUGUUACACAUUCAUCACCUCUAUUACUUCAUUACUACCCGCCCUCCAUCGUACAAUAUUAACUAGAAUAGUAUUUAAUUAUAUUCAUUGUGAUGCCUCGCUUCGCAUAAAAUUAUUAAUCCCACACGAACUAUAUGUGCCAAAGAUGUUUUGAAUUUAGUAUACGAAUUUAAAUUUUAUCUUCCAACUUCAUUUCACGUAAUUUAGUUUAAUUCGUUUAUAAAUAACUUAAAUGUAAUUAAUAAUCAAGCUUGCCCUUCACGCUUGUUAAAUAUUUGUAAAUAUAAAUCUAAAAUUAUUGCACAUAAG